AUGGCCUCCUCAGCAAAGCACUUCAUCAACGACCCGACCCACCUGGUCAACUCGGCCCUCCGCGCCGCGACCCUGACCAACCCGGCCCUCGCCCUCGACGCCGACAACAAGGUCGUCUACCGCCGGCCCCACGCCGCCCACGACGCCGGCAAGAAGGUCUCGAUUCUCUCCGGCGGCGGCUCCGGCCACGAGCCCUCCUUCGCCGCCAUGGUCGGGCGCGGCAUGCUCGACGCAGCCGUCGCGGGCACCAUCUUCGCCAGCCCCUCGGCCGAGCAGGUCCGCGUCGCCAUCCAGGCGCGCGUCGACCACCACCACCACCACGGCGGCGGCGGCGGCGGCGGAGGCGUGCUCGUCACCGUCAUGAACUACACGGGCGACGUCCUCAACUUCGGCAUGGCCGUCGAGAAGGCCCGCGCCGCCGGCGUCCCCGUCGAGAUGGUCGUCGUCGGCGACGACGUCGGCGUCGGCCGGGAGAAGGCCGGCAAGGUCGGCCGCCGGGGCAUCGCGGGCACCGUCCUCGUGCACAAGAUCGCCGGCGCUCUGGCCGCGCGGGGCCGGUCUCUGGACGAGGUCGCGCGCGUCGCGCGCCUCGCGGCGCAGAACCUCGUCAGCGUCGGCGCCAGCCUCGAGCGCGUCCACGUGCCCGGCCGGGCCGUCGCCCCCACCGAGGACGCCCUCGCGCCGGGCGAGGUCGAGAUCGGCAUGGGCAUCCACAACGAGUCCGGGUCCGGCCGGGAAAAGGUCGAGCUGCCCGCCCUCGUCGGCCGCAUGCUGGCGCAGAUGCUCGACCAGGGCGACGCGGACCGCGCCUUCCUGAACGUCAACUCCAACGAGGUCGUGCUGCUGGUCAACAACCUCGGCGGCGUGAGCGUGCUCGAGCUCGGCGGCAUCACGGCCGAGGUCGUGGACCAGCUCGCGCGGGACUGGAGGAUCGAGCCCGUGCGCGUCCUUAGCGGGACCUACAUGACGAGCCUCAACGGCCUCGGCUUCAGCAUCACCCUGCUCAACGUCGUCAACACGGACAUCGGCGGGCCGAGCAUGGUCGAGCUGCUCGACGACCCGGCCGAGGCGACGGGCUGGUCGGCGCCCGUCGCCAAGCAGACCUGGGAGGAGAAGAACGCGGCCACGAGGGAGGCCAAGGCCGGCGGCGAGGAGCAGGCCAAGCCCAGCGGGCUCAAGACGGACCCGGACGAGUUCAGGUCGAAGCUCGAGGCCGGGCUCAAGAGCGUCAUCUCGGUCGAGCCCGAGGUCACGCGAUACGACACCAUUGUCGGCGACGGCGACUGCGGUAUCGGCCUCAAGAGAGGCGCCGAGGGUACGUUCGUAGCGUGA